AAUGAACGUGCUCCGGUGCUCUGUAUUGCUCACUAGUUUUUUUAUUUUACAGUACAGCUCGUACUGGUGCUCGGUUUGUACAUAAUAGUUUAAGUGCUCUUAAACUUUUACACCAAAAACUAAGUGCUCUGUUAUUUUAUUUUAAUUAACAAAACCGGGUAAUUAUAAAGUGACCAAGAUCUGUAAAUAAAUAAAUAAAUAAAUAAAUAAUUUUGUUCUAAAUUUCAACUUUGCGCACGCGUUUUUCGACCUAACAACUAUUUUGAUGCUAAUUACUUAAAUUUUAAUAUUUAUUUAGUGCCUUCGGUGUCCAAGCUGAUUGUUAAAAUUUAAUUUACUCAACAAUGACCACAAGAAUGAGGUUCAACAUGACUGACGGUGUUAUUAAAAACGGUAUUCUCAAUGAAAAAAUAAAUUCUGAAGAAUACAAACCUCAGAAUGGAUUUAUUAAGAUGCAGAAUGGAGUAAACAAAAAGCCGCAAAAAAGCAAUUCCAUGAAAAAAGAAUCCUUUGAACAUGAAACACUAUUUACAGCGGCACUAACACACUUUGGAUUUUACAUACUCAUGUUUCUGGGAUUUAUCAACCAGCUAUUAUUCGCUCCUAAGGUAGCACGUGAACAAAACAGAAAGGGAUACGCUCCACUGUAUGAAAGCUUCGAGACUUUUUAUUUACGCUACGUGUAUCGACGAGUACGUGAUUGUUGGAAUCGACCUAUUUGCUCAGUGCCUGGAGCUCUGGUCACUCUUAAAGAUCGGAUUACUCGUGACUAUUGUUGGACAUUUGAGUAGAUUUACAGGCACAGAGACGGAAUGUAUAAACUUGGGGUCUUAUAACUACCUUGGAUUUGCUGAAUCGACUGGAAAUUGCGCUGAACAAAGUAUUGAAACUCUAAAGAAAGUCAAUUGUGCUAAUGGUAGCACACGUCUUGAGUUAGGUACUAUGCCAAUUCACAAUGAAUUAGAGCAAUUGACAGCGCGUUUUCUCAAAGUAGAAGAUGCAAUUGUGUUCGGUAUGGGUUUUGCGACAAACGCCUUGAAUAUUCCAUCGCUGAUCAGUCCAGGUUGCUUAAUUUUGAGCGACGAAAAAAACCACGCGUCACUGAUUCUAGGAUUAAGAUUAUCUGGCGCAGUGACUAGAGUGUUUCAUCACAAUGAUGUUAAAGACUUGGAGCGACAACUGAGAGAAGCAGUAGCGUACGGACAGCCAAAAAGUGGUGAGCCGUGGAAAAAAAUAUUCAUUAUUGUCGAAGGAAUUUAUUCGAUGGAAGGAUCGAUUGUUCACUUGCCAGAAAUAAUAGCUUUGAAGAAAAAGUAUAAAGCGUACCUGUAUCUUGACGAAGCGCACAGCAUUGGUGCUACCGGAAAAUCUGGCCGGGGUAUUUGUGAUUAUUAUGGAAUUGACCCCAAGGACGUUGAUAUACAUAUGGGGACGUUUACCAAAAGUUUUGGAUCUGCUGGUGGAUACAUUGCCGGAACUAAGGCAUUAAUAAAUCACUUAAGAUUACACAGUCAUGCUCAUGCUUAUGCAGCAUCAAUGUCACCACCAAUAGCACAACAAAUAAUAACUUCAAUGCAAACAAUAAUGGGUGAAGAUGGUACAAAUGAUGGUAAAAUGCGCAUUAGACAGUUAGCAAGAAAUACGCGUUACUUCAGACGUAGGCUCAAUCAGAUUGGUGUAAUUAUUUUUGGUCAUGAAGAUUCACCAGUGAUACCAAUGCUUGUAUACCUGUACUCUAAAAUAGGCGUCGUGGUGCGUGAUCUAACGAAGCGCAAUAUCGCGACUGUCGGGGUGGGCUUUCCGGCAACACCGCUUAUGGCAGGAAGAAUUAGAUUUUGUUUGUCGGCGGCCCACACUAAGGAACAACUUGAUUAUGUAUUGAAAAAUAUCAAAGAGAUGGCGGAUCUCAUUGGACUCAGGUACUCCAGAAAGCCCAGAGAUCCUAAUCCAAUAAAUUAUUACACUGACAGUGAGUCUGAAUAAUUAUAUUUAUUUAUAAUUAAUAAAAAAAAGGACGAUUAAUAGUAAUUAUGAAAUCGUGAUAGAAGAACAUGCACAAUUUGAACAUAUUCACGACUGAGAGGUUGAAUUAUAUUAUUAUAAAAUUAAUUACUAAUAUAAAUCAGGGAUGACAAGCCUUAUUAAUAAAGUUUACGAUUCAAUAAUAAUAAUAUUAUUAUUAUUGAUUGAUGAUAAAUUAAUAUUAUUGCCUAAAUAAUUAUUUUGCUCAUUAAAAACCAACGAAAGCAUUAACUAAAUAAAUUAGUAAGUGAUAAGCUAUUAAAUUUUAACUAUUAACUUUUUUAUAAAUUAAAAUUGUAAAUUUAUAAAUAUUUAUAAUUAUAAAAGGAUUGUUUUUAUAAUUGUCAGGUGAUAAAUUUUGACACUAAUUUGUCAUUGCUACAACUGCCAGAUUUAUUGUUAAUCAUUAAUGCGUAUUAUAAUUAAUACACUAAUUAAAACGCUGAUAAAAAAUACAAUAGUGAACUAAAUGAAACAGGCAUUAAAAUAUCGUAUAAGUAUUUCAUAACAAUUUUUAUCAAACCUAUCUCUGCAGUAUUGUUUACCGUAAAUAAAUAAAUAAAUAUAAAUGUUAUUGUUAAUAAUAGUUGUAACAAAUUCAGCAAAUUACUUGGCGCAAAUCAAAAGCUUGUAAAAACGGACGUUUUUUUUUUUUUUAAGUAAAAAUUUUAUAAUUGUAAUUUUUGUAUAGUUGCUAUAGAAAAACUUUAUUUUUACAGAUAUUUUUUAAUUGAUAUUCCUUCGCGUUUAGAAUGUUGUUUAUGCCUAUCUACUUUGAGUAUUUAUUAAUAAUUUAUAAGAAAGAAAAUUAAAGCUUCGUUUCAAAGCUCUUGAAAUAUUUGUCACAAUAUAAAU